AUGAAGCCAAUUACACUCUUCACUUGGAUCUUAGUGUCAACGGCCAUACUGCUUGGUCAAACUCAAGCUUUCCACAUUUCUCACUCCUCCGUGAAGUCGUUGAUUGCGACUCCAAUUAUAUCAAAGAAGCCUGAUCCUCGUCACCCUUUGAGCCAUGUCACUCGCAUCCAACCUCUGCACCUUGCCAAGGAUUCGUCUGGUGGAAAGGGUGAACUCACGAAGAUUGACCCUUUGGUGAAGGAUGUCGGUCUUCUGACUCGCCGAUUGUCAUGGCUUUCUUGGUGGUCCCAACUCAUUUUGACAACUGUUUCAGCGGUCACUCUUGUGUUUGCUCGCAACGUGAUUCGGCAAUCCCAUCCCUCCAUUGCGGCAGCUAAUAGCUUACCAAACUUUGUCUUGGCUGGAGGUGGCAUCGUCGCUGGCUAUGCCUCGCUAUUCUGGACCUGGGCUUCGCGACGAUUGGCUCGUCGACUCUUGCGCAAGCCUACCACCAAAAUACAAUCUGCCAACAUGCUGCGAAGUACCAUCAAAGUUGGGCUCACACUCAAUAUUAUUGGAAUGCUGUUCACAAUUGUCGGAGCAGAGCAGAUUGUAGGUGCAUUGGCGAUCAAAGUUUUGACUACGUCCCGGACGCUGGCCAUUGAUCAGUCCUCUUCACUUAUUCAGCCUCUAGAUAUCUUGGUGGUUCAAGCAAACACCAACACUCUUUUCAGUCACUUUACAAGUCUUGUGGCAUUGCUCUAUUUGGCAAAACAAUUAUGUAAACUUGACCCACCCUCUGUGGAAGGUGACGAAAGAAGCCGCUGA